UUUGGGGGCGGCGACAGGGUUGGAGGAAGGGGAUGAAGGCCCCGCCCAUCUAUGACGAACGCUCAUAUCCAAAGGGCCGAGGCGGGGUCGACGUCGCGGACCGGGACCCGAGGCACCUCACUCACGAGCCUGGCGAGGGAGCAGAAUGACCUUCUGGCAGGAGAAUUACGGUUUCGUUAAGGAGGUUUAUGACUUCCGGUGCUCCAAGUACCUGGAAUGGAUGGACAACAUCGAAGCCAUCAUCGGCAAGGUGAUGGCCAACACGCAAUACACCGCCAAGGAGUUUAAGAUCAUCAAGGACACGUUCACUUCUCUCUGCCGCGACCUGGACAAGGAGGGCACGAAGGCAUGGCUGGACAUGAUGCUGGAGAAGCUGUCGACGCACAGCAGCGAGAACGAGGAGAACCUGUCCGGCCGCGACAAGGCCAUGAAGGCGCAGGAGAAGAAGAAGCUCGAGGCCAUGAUUGAACGCCACAAGGGGCUCAUGGGUCCUACCAUGGAGGCACAGAGUAAAGUCGACCAUUACUCCGAGUGCUAUGCCUUUGGUGACGACAUCCAUCCUGUCAUGAAGGUGCUGAACGAACAGCGCCAUUUAUCCAUGAAGGAGAUCCACCCUCACAACAUGGAUAUGUGUGAGGAGCAGAUCGACAAGCAGGAGAAGGUCCUCCGCACCAUCGAGAACCAGGCGCCCAUCUACAACGAGCUGAUGAAACGCGGAGCCAAGCUGAAGUCUAACCCCAACGCCCCGUCCUUCCUGGAGCGCGAGAUUGCCAAACUGGAGGAGACGUGGAAGGACACCAACGAAAAAGCUCAGCAGCGUAUUGAAUUACUCAAUGGCACAUUCAAGGACUGGGAGGUGUAUGAGCAGCAGCGCCAGGCCAUCAUGGCUCCUCUGGACACCCUGGAGGACCAGUUCAAGACCUACAAGAAGAUCUACGACCCCAAGAAGGGCUCGGACUGGCUGGAGAGGAAGAAGAAGAAGGCCGAGGAGAACAAGAAGGUCGCCCUCGAGAUCUACGAGGUGAUCAAGAAGUGCUUUGCCACCAUCAUCGCUCUCGCUGGCGAAGACAAGAGGGAGUUUAUGGAGAAGGAGAUCAUUGAUAUCGACGAGAAGAAGCAGAUCGUCGACAAGGUGGACAAGGCGCUCACUGACCUCACCGAGUUCAACCAGAGGCUCCAGAAGAUGGUCAGCCAACUGGCGGAACUCAGGGCCUGGAUGACUCCGGCUGGGGAGAAGCUCAACUUCAUCACCACCUCCGUCGAACUCUCGCCCGAAGACCGCGUCAAGGAAAUCUUUGAUCUUCAGGGACAGGUUAACGAAAGGCUGCCAGUCUUGGAACCUUUAGAAGCGGAAGUCCACGCUCUUUUGGACGAGGAGGAAGGCCAGACCAACGAGACGGCCCUGGGACACAUGCGCGAGUUCGAAACCAUUAAAGAUACCAUCAACGAACUGCAUGACAGGAUCGAGAUUGAAGCCGGAUCCAUCACGCAGGACCAGAAAUACUUCGCCGAUUACCUCCACGGCGUCAAGAACUUCAAGCCGUGGAUGGAGGACGCCGAAAACGUGGCCAAGACGGCCCUACAGAAGCCCGAGAAACUGGAGGAGGCCCUGGCGUUGCUGGAGACGGUCAAGACCUUCGAAACGGCCUGCCAGGAGAACAGGUCGAAGCUCGACGCGGCGGCCGAGUCGAGGUCCCUCAUGGAGAAGUGCACGAAGGAGGAUAACGAGGUCGAGACGCUCACCAACCGCUGGGACGUCGUGAAGAAGACGGCCGACGAGCGAGUUAAAAAGGUCCAAGAGCUCUGCGACACGUGGUCCGCCCUGACCAACGUGACGGAGAAUCUCACGAAGACCAUCACGGACAUCCCCGGGUCCACGAUGCCAGAUGUCGCCACGCUCGAAAACAUCUUUAAGGAAUUCAAGGAAAUUAAUGACAAGAAGGUCAAGCUCUUGGCUGUUGUUUAAGAUGAAUUCUGCUCCUGUUGUGACCUUUUUUUUUUCUUUUUUUUUUUUAAAUUCUUCUUUUGAUUCUAAGGAAGGGUUAUUCAAGAAAUGACGGAUUUGUUUAGGGUUAUGGAAAGGAGAGAGAGAGAGAGAGUGAAGGAGAGAGGGAUAAGAACAUACGUGUUUUUAAGUAUUAUGUAAGGACGUAUUUUAAGGGACAGGAUGGGAAGUCUUGGAAGGAGAGACGGAGAGAAGACGAAUGAAGAGAAGACAAGGAAACACACACAAAAAAACAAAAAGCAAAAAAUAUAUAUAUAAACAGAAAUAAACGAGAAAGAAAAACGUUCUCUCUUCCCCAUCCUGUGACGUCAGAGCGAACGAAAAGAUAAGAAAGAGACAGACAUGAAUAUAAAAAAAGAACAAAAACAAAAAGCAUUAAUAAAAAAAAAAAAAAAUAAAAAGAAAACAGAAUGAAGAGAGGUGAAAUCUCUCGCGAAGUCAGACGAAGUUCAGUGGAACGUCGACUUCGAAAAAUAUCUCUCUUUUGCUUAUCUAUUAUCUAUCAUGCACUGUGGAAUGAUUGGCUUUAGUCCGUUUUCUACACAACGAAGCUCAUGAAUGUUGCUUUUUCAAAAAAAAAAAAAAAACUAAAGAAUCGAUUGUUAAUUUCUACAUGUUUUUUGCAAAAAAUUAAAAAACUUUUUAUUCUUAUUAAUAAAGCCGGAUUGUAAAGAAAGUUGACAUUUUAUUUAUGAUCCAAGUGUACUUUUAUCUUUAUUGAUUACGAUAAAGAAAAUAAUAUAGGAAGACCUGUACUCAUUGUGGCAAAAUAACAGAAGAAUUUUAAUAGAUAUAAUAUUAUAUUUUACGCUCGUAUCGAAUAAAAAAAAUGAAAAAUUCUCCGUGUAAAACCUUUAUUUUAUUCAGAAAACAAUCUAUUCUGAUUGAACAUCAAAAGGGACCAGUUCGAGGAAAACCCCCUUUCAUUCACUUUUUUUCUUUCUUUUUCUUAUUUUGAUUUCUAAAAUCGAAAGAAAUAAGUGAUAGUAGAAACUAAACUACCGAUGCCACUUGAACGAUGACUAAACCUUACGAUAAACAAGUUUUAUUUGAAUAAAUGAUAUGUAUUACGAUAAGGAAGGCGAUCAAGUCGACAGGAUAAUACCUUUUGCAAUUUUUAUUUUGCAAGUAGGAUGUAGGAUUAUAUGUAUAGAGAAUAGGAUUACUUUUGUAGACAUAGCGGAACUUUCCUGUAUUAUCCUGAAUAUCGAUUUAAUAAAGCACUUUCUUUCCCAAGAAAUAAAAUGA